AUGCGGCUGCGGCUCAGGAACAUUUUCCUGGUUUAUUUCGUGGUGUCGCUCGUGGGGCUCUUCUGCGCCCUCCGCGAGCUCGGCCGCUGCCGAAGGCCGGUGCAGAAGGCGGAGCUCGUUCGCCUCUCGCAGACGCUGCUCCACGUCCCCGCCCUGCACUGGGUGGUGGUCGAGGACGCCGCCGCCCCCUCGGCGCUGGUGGGGGGGGUCCUGGCGGCCUCGGGGGUCUCCUUCACCCACCUGAGCGCCGAGACCCCCCCCGAGCUGCGGGGGGGCCCCGGGGCCCCGUCCUGGCUGUUCCCGCGGGGAGCGGAGCAGCGGAACCGGGCGCUGCGCUGGCUGCGGGACACGCGGCGCAGCGACGAGCCCGGCGUCGUCUACUUCGCUGACGAUGACAACACCUACAGCCUGCGGCUCUUCGAGGAGAUGCGCAGCACCCGCGGCGUGGCCGUGUGGCCGGUGGGGCUGGUGGGGGGUCUGCGUCUGGAGCGGCCGCUGGUUUCGGGGGGUCGCGUGGUGGGCUUCCACACGGGCUGGCGGCCGGAGCGCCCCUUCCCCCUGGACAUGGCCGGCUUCGCCGUGGGGCUGCGGCUGCUGCUCGCCCACCCCCGAGCCCGAUUCGACCCCCGCGCCGAGAGGGGAUUCCUGGAGAGCUCCUUCCUUGGGGGGCUGGUGACCCCCGCCCAGCUGGAGCCACGGGCCGAUAACUGCACCCAGGUGCUGGUGUGGCACACGCGCACCGAGAAGCCGAAGCUGCGCCAGGAGGAGCAGCUGCAGCGCCAGGGCCGGGGCUCCGACCCCGACAUUGAGGUUUAGGGGGGCCCCGGGACCCCCCCGGGACCCCCCCGGGACCCCCCCGGCCUCCGGGACCACCCCCAGACCUUUAUUUAUCGCCAGGACCCCCCCGUUUUUUGGGGGGACCCCUCCCCCGAUCCCCUCCC